AUGAAUGCUGUUAGGAAAUUUAUGAAUACGACCUGGAAUUUUGUUUCGAUGCCGGAUCUAUACUACAAUGAAGAGGGGUACUUUAUCGUUCUAUUUAGGAAUAGUGAGGACAAGACUGCUGUUUUCAUGCGUGGACCAUACACAAUAUAUAAGAAACCUAUCAUGUUACACGAUUGGAGUCCUAAAUUCACCUUACAGGAUGAUAUUCUCAGGGUUCUGCCGAUUUGGGUGAUGUUUCCCCAAUUGCCUCUGGUGUACUGGGGAGAAAAAAGCAUAGGGAAGAUAGCAAGUGCCAUUGGAAAACCAUUAAUGACUGAUGAGUGUACAACAAAGAAACUUCGGGUUUCCUAUGCAAGAGUUCUCAUUGAGGUUGAUGUCACCAAGGAACUUAAGAAUUACAUCACCAUCCGGGAUCCUACAGGGGAGAAACUGAUGCAACAAGUGGAUUAUGAGUGGAAACCCCCUUACUGCACCCAAUGCAAUAAGGUUGGUCAUGUGUGUAAGUCAAAAACUGAGAAAUCGAAGCAAGUCUAUGUCCAGAAACAGGUGGUAAUUAAUUCAGCAAAGACUAAGGAAGCCAACCAAGACAUAGCACAAGAUAAGAAGAUAACUCCUAAGAAAGAGAAAGAGGUGCCUUGGAUCCCUGUUAGAACUGCUAGCAAGAACAGAGGCAAAGAUCCAGUGAUCCAAACUGAAGUAAAUUGCUCGAAUGGUUUUGACCUUUUGAAUCAAGGUGAAUGUUCCAACCCUUUCCCUGUACCAUGA